GGCAGCGGCGCUGGGCAGCAUGGGGCUGCGGCCCAGGUUGGAGGUGAUGUACGACAUAUUCUCGUUGGAUCUGUGCUUGGAUGUGCCGCUAAGCUGGAGGCCGCCUGGAGGCGAGAGCGAGGGCGAGGGUGGUGGUGGUGGUGUGACCCAUGGGUCGCACAGAGGGCUUGGGCGAGUCGCCAGAAGAGCCGAGGCUCAAGCGGAAGCGGGGAGUGAGGAGGAGGAGCCUGAAUCAGGUGUGGAGGAGGAACCCCAGCAAGCAGCGCAGCAGCGAGGACGGCGGCGGGGGCGCUCGGCCGGUGUUGAGCCGCAGUGCGACAAGACUGUUCGCAUUGCUAUAGAGGUGGACGGUCCCUCCCACUUCUGCGCCAACGUGCCCAACCACCCGCUGGGAUCGACACUGGCCCGCGACCGCUGCCUGGGCGGCCUGGGGCUGGUGCUGCUGGUGGUGACGUGGUUCGAGUGGGGCGCGCUGCAGUCCCUGGGGGCCAAGCGCGCCUACCUGGCCCGCAAGCUCACAGCGGUUCUGGCCGCUGCUGCAGCCGCUGACGUUGCCACUACUCCUCAGACCUCAGCUGCCGCCUUCUCUGCCACUACCUCAACAAAGGCGGCAGCAGCAGCAGCAGGGUCCCCUACCUCCACCUCUGCUUCCCCCCGCGCUGCAGCAGCUGCCGCCAGCGCCCCGCUGUUCCCAUCCAUGACCAUUAGACAGCUGGUGAGCAAGGGAGGAGGCGGCGGAGGAGGGGGAGG